UCUUUCCGCCAUUGAGCAGUCAGAGCGCGGCCAUUUUAGAUGUCAUAAGUUGCAGCGAUUAUUGGUAAAAAAACAAUAACAGUACGAUCGCAAGAAUUUGCUUUCGUUAUUUAAUCGAAAUUCUCCAGUCGAAUAUUGAAAUUAUUUUUUACCCAUUAAGAUAAUCGGCAUUAACACGUAAUUUAAAUUUGGGCCGAUCGCGAGGCGUAGUCCAAUGGUUAUUAAUUAUUUUUACAUAUCGAGUCCGCACUUAAACUGACCAUUGUGACGUAUAUUGGCCGACCACGUGACAUACCUGACCGGGUCAAUGUGAGAUUCACAUCGGAUCGUUUUCAUCGUUCGAAUGUCGAGUUUAGAUCUAAAUUUAGAAAUCUGCUGAGCAUUUACUGUAAAUUGUAAGUUUUAUUUAAAUAUCUCCGAUAUGUGAAAAAAUCUUCAUAAGAAGAGCAAUUUAUUUAUAAAAGUGGAAAAAAUUUAUUGAAAUGAUCCUGCGAGAAGAAAAAUGAAUAAAAUUGAUUCGGUUAAUAUAAAUCAGUAUAAUGAUUCGUCGAAUCUGCAGUGUGCCACGGCACGUGCCAGCUGCAUUCAAGAACAGGUGCAACAGCAACACUUGAUCCAUCAGCUGCAAGCACAUAAUCAGAUGCAUAUGUCACAGGUCCAAGACUCGUCACACAUUCAGCGCCUGAAAGUGGAAGAUGCUCUGACAUAUUUAGAUCAAGUGAAGUUGUCUUUUGGUACUCAACCACAUAUUUAUAAUGAGUUUUUAGAUGUUAUGAAAGAAUUUAAAACACAAAGUAUUGAUACGUCAGGUGUUAUUCAUCGCGUAUCAAAUUUAUUUAAGGAUCAUCCCGAACUGAUAGUCGGAUUCAAUACAUUUCUGCCUCCCGGUUACAAGAUAGAGCUUCACCCUAACGAUCGUGUGAAUGUCAUUUUUCCCAAUUUGAGUACCUCGUCAUUCAGGCUGUCGUCUGUGAUAAAACCUCACAGCAAAGCGGAGGGAAACCACUCGAGUAGCAUCACCGAAAAUAAACCGGAAGACACAAAGACGACCCCUAAAACAAAAGAAGAAAAUAAAGAAUCGGUAACGGUUAAAACAGAAGAGAAAAAGGACAAAGACGUUCCCGUAACCGUGAAAGUCGAAGAAAUCGAAAAAUCUUCGAACGUCCCGAACGCCACCGAGGAAGUAACUCAAGAAAAUCAGAAGGAGGAAUUUAAUCAUGCAGUAAAUUAUGUUAAUAAAAUUAAAAGCAGAUAUCACGAUCAACCAGAAGUUUACAAGAGUUUUUUAGAGAUUCUGCAUCUCUAUCAGAAAGGACAGAAAAGUUUGAAGGAUGGCGUUCAGACGAACGUCAGUGUCUUCACUGAAGCCGAAGUCUACGCCGAGGUAGCGAAGCUCUUUCAGAAUCAGCAGGAUUUGCUCGAAGAAUUUGCACAAUUUUUACCCGAGUCAAACAGCAAUACUAUAAUGGCUUCUGUCAAAUCUCAGAAUGAAAAACAGGUGGCUGGUAACGGAAAACAGUCGAGCAGCGGGAAACAGUCUUCCGCCAGCGGUAAACAGUCGCCGACAACUGAAAAGCAGUCGCCGAACAACAGAUACGAGGUCAAGAAAUCUCCCUCGCCGUCUAAUAGCAUAUCUAAACCGGUUCUUCCGGCCAAAAGGGCCAAUUCUAUGUCUUCAAAUAUACCAAAUAAAAAGCCAAGAACAAGAAAUCCAAGAUUUUCUUCCUUUUCCGACGCCGCGAAAUACGGUACGUUGAAGGAGUUCUCUUUCUUUGAUAAGGUGCGAAAAGCUCUCAGAAGUCAGGAAGUGUAUGAAAAUUUUCUCAGGUGUAUAGUUUUGUAUAAUCAGCAGGUGGUUUCACGACACGAAUUAAUAUUUUUAGUUACUCCAUUUUUGGGAAAGUUUCCCGAAUUGAUUAAGUGGUUUAAAGACUUGUUGGGCUACAAAGAAUCGGGAAAUAACAUAGAAGUUAUACCGAGCAAAGUGGCAAACCAAGAAUAUCAGAGAGUGAAUAAUGAUUUAGCAAUGGAAAUUGAUUAUUCUUCGUGUAAAAAGUGUGGCGUAAGCUACAGAGCUCUUCCAAAGAAUUAUGUACAGCCGAAAUGUAGCGGUCGUACAAAUUUAUGUAAAGAAGUAUUAAAUGACACUUGGGUUUCUUUCCCUUCUUGGUCGGAAGACUCGACGUUUGUCAGCUCCCGCAAGACGCAGUACGAAGAAUACAUUUACCGAUGCGAAGACGAGCGAUUUGAGCUGGAUGUUGUACUGGAAACUAAUCUGUCAGCAAUAAGGGCACUGGAGGGUGUCUUGAAGAAAAUUGGUCGGCUGCCCCAGGAAGAGAGAUCGAAGUUUCAUCUGGAUGACACUCUGGGAGGCACGUCGACAGUCACCCAUCAGCGUGCAAUUAGGAGGAUAUACGGUGAUAAAUCUGCAGAUAUAAUUGAAGGAUUGAAGAAGAAUCCAUUAGUUGCUGUUCCGCUAGUGUUACGAAGGUUAAAAGCAAAGGAAGAAGAAUGGAGAGAAGCUCAAAAAAAUUUUAAUAAAAUAUGGAGGGAACAGAAUGAGAAAUAUUACUUAAAGUCGCUCGACCACCAAGGAAUUACAUUCAAACAGAACGAUAUUAAAUUUAUAAGAUCGAAAAGUCUAUUGAACGAGAUAGAAACUUUAUUUGAAGAACGACACGAACAGGCCGAAGAAGGAAGCGAAAUGCCCACGGGUCCCAACAUGGUGUUCGAGUACAAGGAGCGGAGCGUGUUGAACGAUGCGGCAAAUCUCAUCGUCCAUUAUGUCAAGCGGCAGAGCAGCAUUCAUAAGGAUGACAAACAGAAAAUCAAAGUCUUAAUCAGGAAGUUUAUCCCCGAAUUUUUCGGACUUCCUCCCGAAGACAUUUCAGACGACGAAGCCGAAAAAGUUACAGAAGACGACGAAAACAGCAAUACUCCUACCAAAAACUCGGACGUAAAAAAUUCUUUGAAUUCUCCGUCUUCCAAUAACGAGGAAAGCAAAUACAAGAGAACGAACGGAAAAUCAAACGGCACGAAUACCGACAAAGAAAACAACGAAGAGGCCAAGUGCAACGGAGCAGAGACCGAAAGUGGCACGUCGAGCGACAAGAGCAUGGAAGCGGAGGCUGAACCGGAGAAGGAACCCGAGGCCGAGCGAAGUUAUUCCGUUAAAAAGAAAAAUCCAUACAAUUUAAUCUUUGCCAACAACAACUGGUAUCUGUUUUUUCGCCUCCACCACAUCUUGUGCGAAAGACUAACAAAACUGUACAGACAAUCCACAAUCAUGAACAAAGAGGAAGACAAGGAAAAGAAAGAAAGGAAAGAAUCGGUGGCAAUCGCUUUACAUUUUAAACCAAAAAGCGAGAUAAGUCUGGAAGAAUACUACAUGACAUUCAUUGACAUGGUAAAGAAUCUGCUGGACAAUAACUUAGAAAGCACGCAGUACGAAGACGUACUGAGAGAAAUGUUCGGAAUUCAUGCUUAUGUGGGUUUUACGCUGGAUAAGGUGGUGCAGAAUCUCGUACGUCAGUUACAACAUAUUGUAAGCGACGAAGUUUGCAUAAAAUACAUGGAGCUAUACGAAACUCUGGUAAAGAACGGACAGGCCGUCGGAUCUUACUCCACGCUGGCCUGCCAGAUAGCAGCAGAAAUCGCCUACCAGAAAAAGGCAGAGCAGAUACAAAAUGACGAGAACUGCUUUAAAAUUAUUCUGUACACCAAAGACCUCAGACUGACCAUUGAGCUUCUAGACAUGGAAAUGGACAUUUCCGAAGAUCCGCUGGAAGUCAACCAGUGGUCUGGCUACGUGGACGAUUACGUGGUGGGUAAAGUGCCAGAGCUUUUAAGUAAAGAGAAUGACGCACUAGAGAAGGGAGAGAACAUUUUUCUUAACAGGAACAUUCAUAAAUGGAGACACUUAGCCGAAAUACAGAGUGGUAGCGAAGAGAGAACAGAAUCUUGUAUGUCUGCCGAACGUUCCGGCCGGACGGCAGAAUUAACCGAGGGAGCCAGGAGCAGGUCUCUCUCCCCCAUGGAGACAGUGAGACAGAAGGCGAUGGAAGACAUGGAUAUAUUGGACAAUGCAGAAUGUAGAUUCAACGUCAAUUCUUACAAAAUGCUCUUUGUGGUUCGUAGCGAAAGCUAUCUGUACAAGAGACGUUCUCUCGAAAAAGCACGCCAGAUAAAUAAAAAGUUCAAAGAGAGGACGAGCAGAAAAUUUAAUCUGUGGCACAAAAACUGGGUUAACAACAAUGUGUCGCUCGAAAUGAACAAGUCGUACUUCCUGAGAAUGUACGGAAGCGAGGUAGGAACCAGAACCGCCACGCAGAAGGAAGCCCAAAUAUAAGACCGCAAAGAGUCACGCCUACGAAUUUUAUAAAUAUAGCGGGGGACAGAAAUCAUCACCCACCUAUUUUAAUAUAUAAAUUUGUACAGAUUUGAUAAAUUGAGAUUACACGAGAUCUGUCGGCAUCGCAUAUACAAAAUAAAAACGAUACGUGAGAAGACAGUUGACGGUAUUGUUAGCCGACAAUAUUUUUUGUAGAAAAAAUUAACUGCAAUUUGUGUUUCCAAACAGAAAAUUGUGUCUACAAAAUCUAUAUAUACAUAUGUUAUCAUAUAAUAAAUUAUUGCAGCAUCAUUUUUAA